AUGCCAAAGAUAAAGUUACUCGGUAAUAAAUCGAAAAAAGCACUGCAUCCUUAUUCUCGUAAAGCUGCUCAAUUAACCAAAGAAGUGCAUCGUGUCGAGAGAGUUAAUAAGGGAAAAGCUGAACGUGCAAAUGUUGUCAUCACAAAUGCCAAGAAGCUACGGUGGUUUCAGCAACAAUUAGAUCCAGAUGUAACAGUGUAUACGAAAAGUCAACUAUGCCAGCUAAUAGAAUUGUAUCUAGAGCGAUUUAAUACCGAACUAGAAGAAAUUGCCAAUCUUAAGAAAUUAGGCAGAAAGCUAGAUUCUAAAGCCUCACGAGAAGGUAAUAUUCAACUCAUUCUCGAGCAGGAAAGGCAACAAUACAGCAGCAGCGGAUUUGAAGCGCCUGAUUUAACGAGGGAGGAAAAUUUAAAAAAAUUUAGAGAAUGGAAUGGAGACUUGAAGGGCUUACCAAAUGUCGUAACUUGUAAAUUUUAUGAAAAAGACAAAUUGGAUAACUAA